AUUUUAAUAUUGGUGAUUCCUGUUGUCAAAAAUGCAAGAUUAAAUUUAUGUUCCUCUAACAUAAAAGAAAAGGAUGUUAAGCUGGAGUUACGACGAUCAAAAGAAUCAAAUGGCGAAUCCGUUUCCAUUUAUGCCUGGACGAAAAUCUAGCAUUCCCUUGCCAUGGAGUACAAAUGUUCCAUAUAAUCCUUCUUCUGAGGAUUGUGGUCCAAAGAAAAUUGGCAGUUAUUAUGAAGCACCAAAGCAAAAAUCUGAAUGGCGUAAUGCGGUGGGCUAUGAAAAUGUAGACAUCACCCCAUUGCCCGCACAUCCAACAACUAAUCAACUUGUUCAACCUUGUUUUGUGCCUUCCGGCAUGUCAACGGAACCACUGAAUUUUCCAAAUCUUGUCACUGGAUUCGAGAGAAAUCCACAGCAUGCGGCAAGAGCUGCACUUUAUACGAGAUUCACCCCGAUGGAGUGGAGUCAACAUUGUAUUGCAACCUACAAUGAUUCUGACACGAAUAGAAAUCAUGCGGAAAGAAUGCGCUCGGAAGCUGUGCGAUUAAUGCGAGAAACACAUGAAAAAACUUCACAGGGUCAACGUGAUGCUGGAAGACGAUUAGGUGAACGAUUGACUGAUAUUACAUUUUGGAGGAAUGAAUUAAAUACCGAAUUGGAAGCUUUAGUUGCGGAAGCUGCUCAACUCACCGAUACAAAAAGAAAUGUUCAAAAAGCUAUUCAAGAUCUUGAAGCGCCAUUGCAUAUAACUCAAGAAUGUCUUUAUCAUCGUGAAAAUCGCAAAGGAAUUGAUCUCGUCCAUGACCAUGUCGAAAAAAGUCUUUUAGUCGAGGUUGAUAAUUUGCGUUCAUGCCAAGAAAAGCUCAACAGUUGCCUUAGUAAGAUUAACCAGCAAUUAUCUGAUUUGCGUUCUUCCCAAUUUCAAUUAGAAGAUGAUUUGACACAUAAGGAAUCUGCAAUCGGCAUCGAUUCCGUUUGCCAUCAAUUGAAUAAUUUUUCACGUGGUAUAAAUUAUUUUGGUGGUAUCGAGAAAGUAGAUCCAACAAUUAGUACGAUUGGUACAUGGGCUGCAUCAUCGAGCUUAAAUAUAAAUCGCUCUCAGUCUGAACGUGGCAAAUCAGCCCAAUUAAGAUCUGACGCGGAGGCUUUAAUUAAUGCAUGUGCAACAUCAGUUUGGGAUUGUUGGAGCAAUACAAAUAACUCAUUAAAUCGUCGUGCAUCGGAGGUGAUGGAAGCAAAGAGCAAAGUUCAACUACACCUUCAUAAAGUGCAACAGGAGAUAUUUGAUGUUGAAAAACACAUUGAGAUGAUACGAAAGGCCAUAAAUGAUAAAUCAAAUCCAUUAAAGGUGGCACAAACACGCUUAGAAGCUCGUGCUCACCGCCCUGAUUUAGAGUUGUGUCGUGAUAAUGCUCACGUGCGUUUAGUUGAGGAAGUUUGUGAUAUUCAGGAAUCUGUGGGUGCUUUACAGCGAAAAUUACAAGAUGCUGAAGCACAUCAUCAAAGCUUACUUAAAACAAAAUCUGGAUUGGAAGGCAACCUUAAGUAUAAAGUUGAUGCACUGUUCAUUGAUCGCGAGAAAUGUAUGGGAAUCAGACGUUCCUUUCCAGUUAAUAAUACUAUUAAAUACUAAUGCAAAAUGAAGAUUAAGCACCAUUCGAAAGCACCAGAAUUUUAUCGUUACUAGUUUUUAAUUCAUAAGUAAUAAAAUACAUAUAGUUAUGCAUUUAAAGCACACUGCUAGUCAAAUUUGUGUCAAAUUCGUCAAAAUAUUAAAUAAAU